AUGAGAGGGACCCCUCAACCGCCGAGAGUAGCCGUAACUGCUGAAGGAUCAAUAGCAGCUAAGAACAAUACCACCAACAGCCGAAGCAAGCAUCUCCCGGUAAUCUUCAAUAACCAAGAUACCACGGGAUUAAACGUCCCGCGCAAUGACCCACUGGUAAUCACACUAACUAUCGCCGACGGCGAAGUAUCUCGAAUUCUAGUGGACACCGGAAGAUCCGUCGACAUAAUCUUCAGGGAAACGCUAAGAAAGAUGGAAGUAGAUGAAAGCAGCAUAAAACUCGAAAGAAACCCCCUGGUCAGCUUCGCAGGAGACACCACCGUAUCGGAAGGAACAGUCAAGCUUCCGGUGUAUGUGGGGAACAUGCGCAAAACGGUGAAAUUCACGAUAAUUGAUACACCAACCAUUUACAACACGAUUUUCGAAACCCCCUGGAUCCACUCCAAGAAGGCAAUACCAUCAACUUACCACCAGUGCAUCAAGAUCCCGCUGCCAGAUGGAGUAUGUACGAUUAAAGGGAGCCAAAGCGUAUCUAGGGCGUGCUUCGUAACGGAACGAAAGACCAGGGAACCAAGAGGACGACCAGAUGAUCAUGACAAGAACCUAAAGAAGAAACUCCGACGACGCAAGAAAGCAUCCGAAAAAGGCGCCGAAAUCAAACACGUCAUAAUCGGGAAAAGAGCCAGCGACCCCCAGGGAGAAAUAAAAAUCCCAACAGAGAAAGAAGAGCAAAACACCUAUCAGACGCCAAGAACCGAAGGACCAUCGCCACCGCCCAAGCAAGACUCGACGAAAGAAAAUCCGAACACCGCCAACUAA